AUGCAAGAUAUCAAUUGUUUACCACUAUACAACACUCUCAGGCGUCACGUGAAGGGCAAGUCAUCUCUCUUGGCCAGCCCGUUAGCUCCUCCCAGUCUUCCAGUUCCUGAAAAUGCUAAACUUUUUGCUUGGGUUGGUGAUGAGAUUUUGCCACGUGAGAUGGCCAAGGUUUCCGUUUUUGACUCCGUGGUGCAAGGCGGUGACUCUGUAUGGGAAGGUCUUAGAAUCUACAAAGGCAAAGUAUUCAAGCUUGAAGAACAUCUAGAUCGGUUGUUUGAUUCAGCAAAGGCUCUAGCUUUCAAUAAUGUCCCAACCCGCGAGGAGGUAAAAGCAGCCAUCUUCAAAACUCUCAUAACCAAUGGGAUGUUUGACAAUACACAUAUAAGACUGUCUCUAACCCGAGGCAAAAAGGUCACUUCUGGAAUGAGCCCUGCGUUUAACCGUUAUGGAUGCACAUUGAUCGUCCUUGCUGAAUGGAAGCCUCCAGUAUAUGACAACGAUAAUGGAAUUGUGCUGGUGACUGCAACUACACGUCGCAACUCUCCCACCGUAUAG